AUGAAUAUUUCCGAGAUGGCACUAGACAACAACUUCACCAACAACUCCUACAACUGUACGAUUGAUGGCUUCAAGCAAGUCAUUUAUCCCAUCACGUAUCUCUUUAUCUUCUUCCUGGGUGUUGUUGGAAAUGGCCUCUCCAUUUAUGUUUUCUUCCAGCCUUCGCAGAGGAAGACCUCAGUAAACAUUUACAUGCAGAACUUGGCUGUUUCGGAUCUCAUGUUUGUGAGCACUUUGCCCUUUCGGGCCACAUAUUUCCUGUUGGGAUCACGUUGGAUAUUUGGUGAUAUUGUCUGCAGGAUCAUGACUUACACCUUGUACGUGAACAUGUACUGCAGCAUUUAUUUUCUCACCGUGCUCAGCGUGGUUCGUUUCAUAGCCAUCGUCUACCCAUUCAAACACUUGAAAGUAACCAACAUGAAGUAUGCCAGGAUAGCAUGCGCAACCAUAUGGGUCUUUGUGCUGGCAGCCGCCAGCCCUCUGUUAAGCAAGGGAAUUGCUGGGUACAGCAACCCAGCCAAGUGCUUGGACCUCCACCCCUCCAGCACACACAAGCUCCUCAUAAUGAACAGCUUUGUCCUCAUCGUGGGCUUCAUUCUGCCAUUUUGCACAAUUAUUGUCUGCUAUGUCUUUGCAAUCAAAGCGUUGCUCAAGUCUAAGACUCCACAGUGCAAGAAGGCAGUCUGUCACAAGAAGGCACUGUCAACCAUCAUCAUCACUCUCAUCCUCUUCCUCCUCUGUUUCCUGCCGUAUCACAUACUGCGAACUGUCCACCUGAUGAGCAGCAGCUGCAGCCAGGCCAACCUGCCCAUGCACAAAGCACUGGUGGUUGCUCUCUGCCUUGCUUCCAUGAACAGCUGCCUCGAUCCUGUCCUCUAUUACUUUGCUGCUGAAAAUUUUAAAGCGAGAAUCAGAAGUUUGUACCGCAGGUAG